CAACAACCACCACCACAACAACAACUACAACAACUACAACAACCACAACCACUACAACAACUACAACAACAACAACAAUACGGCGUGAGUACCAUGGGGAAUGCGAAUUUUGCAGUACAGACUUUCGGAAGUGACUUUUGGCAAUUGCCAAAAGUUGUGUUUUCGAUGGAUUUUCGGCAAAAUCAAAACUGA